AUGGCAGAGACAAUGGGAUCCAUAAAAGUGACAGACUUGGAAACCUACUACAAUGUAGUAGGCGGAGCCAACUACGCGGUCUUCAACUUCCGCGAUUUCCAGAGUCGACAAUCUGAAAUCGACCGGGCCUAUGAUGACCUCGCCUCCUACGCCUAUAGUGACACCGUGGCGUUCUAUGAAGUCGACGUGAGCGGCUACAAAGACAUAUCUGAAUAUGCCAAAGUUGAGCGUCCGACUCUGAUACUAUAUAAGGACGGGAAGGAAGUUGAACGAUACUGCAAACCUAGGCCGAGGCAACUAGAGUACCUGGUGUCGAGGGCUCUGUGUGGGUUGACCGAGAUCACCGGAGGUCUGUCAUAA